AGGAAACAGAAUGAAAAACGCCUGAGAAAAGAGAAAAUAUUAUUAAUAUAUAUCGAAGAAGCGUGACCAGCGUGAAACGGUUCGUGUCCAGAAGCUAGCCUCGGCAAGAGACUGAAUCGUGAUUCCCGGAGAUCGAGGGGGAGGGGACGAAGGAAAAAAAGAAAAAAUAUCAAUUUAGAUCCGAGUAUUAUCCCUGAAAUGCUGCCGGCGAUAAUCGUAAAGAGACGUGUUCCACGGCGAUUGUUACACCCGGAGUUGCGCUUAUCACGCGAUUUGAUGGAUCCGAUCAUGAAGGGGAGGACUAAGUCGCGAUAAGUAACGCGUGCUGCCGUGUCCAGCCGCUAUUCUCACCGCGGACGAUCCAUUUCCUCGAGGACACCUCUGGAAACCACCGAACCAGAAUGAUGAUCACGACGAUCGUAAAGAUUUGAAAGAAAGAACCCUCAACUUCCGAAACACUUCUAGGAAGGAAGUUUCGAACUGGCGAAACGUCUCGAUAAUCGUGGAAAUUGAAAAUGAGUAAAAGAAGGAACGGAGGGAACGAUCAAACGAUUCUACACUCGACAAUGGCGUUUGUCGUUGAUAGAAUCGAGUGAAAAGAACUCGAGAUCUCCAUUGAGAGGGCAGGAGUACACAUCGAUCGAGUCGGCGAUACAAUGAGGGAGGUCUGUCCCUUUUGACGAAUUUCUGGACGCUCCUUUUUGAAGGGUUCUUUCGAAGGAAGAGAGUGGAGGGAGUAGCUGGAUGACAUAGUUCGCGGCUAAAUAAAAUCAAGUGGGAGGAACUUCUCUGAGAACCGGUCGUCGAUUGAAGGAAAUGUGUUUCCCUCGGCGGAUAUUAUUUUUUGGACGCUUUUGACAAACAUCUUUCCCAGUUACGGAUGAUUCAUCAGUAUUAGUUGGAGUUGCAUUCUCUCUUGUCGAAUCUGCCAAAGAGCUUUUGCAGAGGAAAUUUUUCGAAGAGACAAGCAUAAUUUUGAUCACUAGUGAAAUUAAACGAGAGGAAGCUCCCCCUUCUGAAUGGUCUAUCGAUUAAACAGGUUACAAUGUUGGAAACCUGUUCCCUCUGGAGGAUUUGCCCGAUCAGAGAUCGUCUGUUUUAAAGAAGUGGAAUAGUUGUACGAUUUGAUCGGUCUUUUCAAAUGAGAAAUAUGUCGUCGAUGAUUUGGGUGAUUUUUCUGAGCGUCGUGCAGACAAUUUUAGGAAUGGAUGAUCAGGGAAUAUGUCCGAAGAAUAGAAGUUUAUUUGAAAUUCCCGGCGACGCUGUUUUAUCUGUGUUUCUGAAUAUCAAUCACGGACCGUAUUGCAACGUUACGAGCAGCACCGGCCUCGAGCAAGUCUUCACCGCGUCGUACGUGGUGCAUCUUUUGAACAAGUACGAAUCUAUCUCGGGACUAUUGUUAGGCUUGAAGAUCUUCGACACGUGCAACGACGAGAUGACAGUGUACAAACAAGCGUUGCAAACAACGGUAGACAUGGACUGCACGGACCAUUACGAAAUGGGAAUACUAUUGCCGACGGUGUACACAACGAUCUUAGAACCGCUUCGUAAUUACAGCGUGUUGCCCAUCAGCUCGUACAACGAGCAGAAUUUGACAAGGCCCUUGAUCAGCCUGAUGGUUCAUUACGUUAGCACCAGGUUCGAAACGAUCGACGUACUACUGGUUAACCACGAUUUCGCGUUGAAUUCGUUUCUGGAUGCAACGAAGGAAGCGGGGAUUUGCGUGAAGAAGUAUGGCGACAGCCUGGAGCUGGAGGAGGACGAAACGGAGGCGGUGAUCGCCGCGAUCGGACAGAGGAACGACAUUCGACAGUGGAUCGAGAGGGGUGAGAAGAUGCAAGGCUCGAGGAAAACGUGGAUCGCGUUGCCCCUCGAUGGAUCGAACGUCGACGACGUGAUUCCUCCAGGUUCGUACGUGGUGCGAACGUCGCCGUUCGACCUGGACCUGCUGCAGGAGAUCUCCACUCCAGAUUUGUUUCUGGAAGCAGCGAGCAGCCCAGUAAUCCAUUCGCCGCAUUUGCUCGGUAUCGGCAAGGCGAUCGUCGAAUUGGCCCAGUUGCUGCACGACAUUCACAAACGGAACUGUCCGCGAGGAACAGAAUCGUGCGUGAUGCCGCGCUUCAACGCGAACACGAAACAGGAAAUGCGAAACGCGGACGUGUACAACGCUCUUCGCAUACUGCCGAAAUCGCACUCGAUCAAGUACAUCGUGGCAAUGAAGAGCCAACAGGAGAUGAUCGACAUGGCCGCGUACAGGGUGGAGCCGACGAAUUCGAAAUUCAGAAUCACGCCGGAGUCCAGGGUGCCGAAGAUGCCUAAGCUUUGCUUGAAGAAGCACGCGAGGAAUUGCGACGAUUGCGCGAACUUCAAGAAGAGAUUCGGCCCUCGCAGUGUCACCAAAGAUACACUCGACAGGGGUUUAUUAAAGGCAGGCAACUGGAUACCAAUUUUCCUGACGGUGGUUGUGUGCGGUACGUUCGCCUGCGGCGUGAUUGCUGUCUUCAUUAUCUACCGCUUCAUCGUCGAGGACGUUCUCGAUGGGAAUCCAGCGUUAACGAUCGUGCUGAUACUGGCCAACGUGUUCACCCUGCAGACGGUACUGCCGUUUUGCAUCAACGACGAUUAUUUAGGGGCUGAGCACCUCAACUCGAGGAAAAUCCUCGUGGCUACGCUCGCGUUCGGAUUGGACUUCUCCGUCAUGCUAUCCAGAGCGUUUUUCCUGGUAUUCUCCAAAGGUGGUGUCUUUACCGCUCACAUUAACGGAUAUCUUCAGGGACUGAUGGUGUUCUUCAUGUUCUGCGUGCAACUCGCGAUAUCCGUUAUGUUCUUCGCUCUCAGCACCGACGACUCGGCGGUCGUUGUCAGGAGUUUGAGCUUCAUCGCUCUUCUAGGCUACGAUAUAUUUCUACUGGUCAGCCUGUUCGUGGUGUGCUUCUUCAUCUCGCGGCUGCCGCGCAAUUAUCGGGAAGGCAAGUGUUUCUUCGGCACCUCGAUCGGGCUACUGAUCGUCUGGGCCAUCUGGCUCACCUGUUUCAUCCUCGUCGAGCCGGAAUGCCGCGACACUGUCGUGUCCUUCGGUAUUAUUUCCACGGCGUACCUCAUCAUUAUCGGUGUCCUGAUACCGAGAACGUAUUACAUGGUGAAGCAUCUGGCCCGGGGGAAGGAAUUUGGACAGAGAUUCGGAUCGACCGAUCUAGGACCGGAUCACAGGAUCAACACGAUCGCCAGGCAGAAUCGUCCGUUUUACGAUUACGUGCACUCCGGCGGCGGAAGUACGACGAACUUGCAGGUGACGUCCGCCUAUCCGAACUAUUACGGUAGCCCGAGUCCGAAUCAGAAGUAUCUGGGCCAGUGUAGAAGCGCCGAAACGAGAAGAAUCCCUGGAUACAACAAUUACGGAUACCACACGGAGAUGCGAGAAGUGAAUAACUCAUACACAAUACCCCAAGUCUGCAUCGAGGAUGCGGACUCAAGGACGAGCCCGGUGGAUCGGAGCGACGCGAACGCGACGUACGCCCGGCCAAAAUGUCAGCGGAAACGGAGGCCCAAGGACAACAAAAAUUGCAUCGAGACCGACGUGUACGUCGAGGGUAGCGUCUCCGUCGGCCGUAAAUCCCACGACGAGAUCUAUCCUGCGCGAUCGAGCAGCCCCAGAUUGAUCCAAACUGAGGCGACCAUCCGCGAGGAAAACGAGGACGACGAAAUCAACAGGAUCACGCGAUUCUAACGCUUAAAAUAAUAAUAAACCAAACGUCUCAACACCCAACUGGUACUUAUUAAGGGGAAUUAUAAAAGUACUUAAUUUUUAUUUACUUGAUGAGCAAAUAAAUAAUUGUGAAACACUGUAGCAAUAAACGAACGAUUGUAAAAUAA